AUGGAUGUUUCUCUCUAUAACCCUGAUGAUUUGGAUCUUUGUUGCAACAAAGAUGUGGACAACAGGAGCAGCAGAUGUAUUGAAAGACACACUGACAGAUCCCAGUAUACUUGUUUCCUUUAUUUAAACUCUCAUUUAUUUCUCAAAAGCUGUCUCUGCUACACAGAACCCCAGAAUCUAACAGAUGUCCUGGAAUUCUUCCUCCUGGGGUUCUCAGAAGAUCCAGAACUGCAGCCUGUAAUCUUUAGCCUGUUCCUGUCCAUGUAUCUGGUCACCAUGCUGGGGAAUCUACUGAUCCUCCUUGCUGUCAGCUCUGACUCCUGCCUUCACACCCCCAUGUACUUCUUCCUUUCCAUCCUGUCCCUGGCUGACAUCGGUUUCAUUUCUACCACAGUCCCAAAGGUGAUUUUGGACAUUGAAACUCACAACAGAGUCAUCUCCCAUGUGGGCUGCCUGAUUCAGUUGUCUUUUUUUAAUCUUUUUGGAUGUUUGGACAGUGUACUCUUAACUGUGAUGGCCUAUGAUCGGUUUGUAGCCAUUUGUUAUCCUCUGCACUACCCAGUCAUCAUGAACCCCCGCCUCUGUAGCCUGCUCAUUCUGAUAUCUUUUUUAAUCAGCCUUCUGGACUCUCAGCUGCACUGCCUCAUGAUGUCACAACUUACCUUCUGCACAAAUGUGGAAAUUCCUCAUUUCUUCUGUGACCCUCCUCAGCUCCUCAAGCUUUCCUGUAAUGAUACUUCCACCAGUAAAAUAUUCAUGUAUUUUCUUGGCGCCAUCUUUGGUGGUAUUCCAGUCUCAGGGAUCCUUUUCUCUUAUACACGAAUUGUUUCCUCCAUUCUGAGAGUCCCAUCCACAGGUGGGAAGUACAAAGCCUUCUCCACCUGUGGCUCCCACCUGUCAGUUGUUAGCUUAUUUUAUGGAACAGGUCUUGGGGUGUACCUCAGUUCUACUAUCUCACAUUCUCCCAGAAAGGAUGCAGUGGCCUCAGUAAUGUAUGCUGUCAUUGUCCCCAUGCUAAAUCCCUUCAUCUACAGUCUGAGGAACAAGGACAUCAAGAGGGCUUUGCAGAGGCUCCUCAACAGACUGUUAUUUAUGCCCACACACAUAAUUAACACAAUUUCUUUCAUACCCAAUUUAAUUGGCAAGAGACCUCCACUCGCUGUGCUCUUCUCUUUUGAGGGAUUCAUGGUAGAAGACACCAGAGAGCAGUCAAUCACCUGCUGUGUCAACUAUAGAAAAGAUAGCCAAGAUGAAGGUAGAGAUCAUAACGAAUCAGCUCCCGACAAUCCAGGGCAGCUCGCUUUACUGACCCUGCUCUCAGAUUUUGCUUCAUAUUCCAUUUCCUCCUCCAUUCCUCACCCUUGA